AUGGGCCCUUCCGAAUUAUUCUCUGCAUUCUCGGCGUCGGUCUGGUCUGAAAGUAAGAAGCGAGCAGAAUCUGCUUAUCAAUCCUACGCCAAGAUUGACGCACUGCGACCCUACUUCGAUGUUGAACCGAAGGAGGUUUUGAAACGAAUUCUCAGUUCUGUAGAUCCACGACCACCAUACUCACUUGAUAUAAUUAGCUGUGAUCUGUACGGUCCCUUCAUGGCUUGUCUCACGCUGAUCGCCGUCAUUCUUUUCGAAAUGAAACUAUCCAACCACUACGUGCAAGAGGGCACAUUGAUGGGCUCAGCGUUUGUGACAUGUUUCGGAUACUGGAUAGCUUUUGCUAGUAUCCUCUCAGCCAUUUGCUACCUCGGAAAAUCGCAAGUCACGUUUGUACAAAACCUCUCCUGUGUGGGUUAUGCAUUGUGUUCUACGUGUGUGGUUCUUUUUCUGUGUGCGGCGAUCCACACAGAAGCCUCUGAAACGCUAUUUUUCCUACUGUGGGUGCUCGUCUGCGGGAUAUCGGCUGCAAAACUGGCCCUUAUUAUGUGGACAAAUAUCCCUGAAAAGAACCACAGGUUAGCAGGAGCCGCCAUGGGGAUAGUUCUGCACAUGCUCUUCGUACUGUACCUUCAUUUCGCCUACCACUCAAUUAUACAAGAUAUAUCCGGCGCAAUUGCACCGCCAGUUAUCCCCGCGCCAAUGGCAAACCCCUAG